AAGAUGAACACGACUCUUCAAGUCCUUACGUUGUGAUCGACUACUAUGGCCAACGUAGAAAAACCCACACUGUCAUUCGUGAAUUGAAUCGCUCAUGGAACGAGGUUCUUGAAUUCAACAUGGAGAAGCCAACGGAAGUUUUCAGUGACAUGCUUGAAGUCGACGUCUACCACGAUAAAAGUUAUGGCCCCGCGAGGAGAAACAAUUUUCUUGGGAGGCUUCAGUCGAGUCAUUUUGUUAAGAAAGGAGAAGAAGCUUUGAUUUAUUAUCCUCUUGAGAAAAGGAGUUUGCUGAGUUGGAUACAAGGUGAAAUUGGGUUGAAGAUUUAUUAUGUUGAUGCUGUUCCAGCGCCGCCCGUUGCUCCGCCGGAAAAAGAUCCACCUGUUCCUGAAAUUGAAGUUGCACCACAACCACCAGCUCCAGAAAAUGCGGUGCCUGAAGGGGAAAAGAAACCUCAACCUGACUCGUCAGCACCACCACCACCACCACAAGAAGAGCAACCUCCUGAAGCAAAAGAUCAAGAACCACCAAAAAAUGCUCAAGAACAAGAUCCACCACAGCCGGUGAAAGAGCAAAGUGAUAUUGAGUUUAAUCUGAGUGGAUCCAAGUGGGGUCCGUGGGAAACUCCUUCGAACCUUAAAUUAGAUUUUUUUUUUCUCGAUUUUGUGUGGUUUACGUUAUGCAAAUUCAAAAAAAUUGGCUUAUAA